CACGUCACACUCCGGCCGCCAUGACACCGGAGGCAAACUAGAACGCAUUGCCCAUUGCCCAGUGCCCAUGGACAACAGGAGAGGACGGGGCUGAGGGCGGAAUGGCCUCCUCGGUGGUCCGAGCCACGGUCCGGGCCGUGAGCAAGAGGAAGAUACAGGCCACCCGGGCCGCCCUUACUCUGACUCCGUCAGCUGUACAUAAGAUCAAACAGCUUCUUAAAGAUAAACCUGAGCAUGUAGGUGUGAAAGUUGGAGUCCGUACAAGGGGGUGUAAUGGACUUUCGUACACGUUAGAAUAUACAAAAACAAAAGGCAACUCCGAUGAAGAAGUAGUUCAAGAUGGAGUCAGAGUGUUUAUUGAAAAGAAAGCACAGCUGACACUUCUAGGAACUGAAAUGGACUAUGUAGAAGACAAACUAUCCAGUGAAUUUAUCUUCAAUAACCCAAACAUCAAAGGAACAUGUGGCUGUGGAGAAAGCUUUAACAUUUGAAAUCUCAGGAGUAUUACCUUGGCUUUUAACACCAUGAAACACUUCUUCAUGACUUUCUAACGCUGUCACAUUUCUUCCAGGUUUUUAGGCUUUGUAAAAUGUGUCUGCGUUUCAAGGAAAAUAAAGUGAAUGCAUUUGGGAAAUGUAA